UCCAAACCACUGUGUAGUGCUACAGGUCUCCAAGAUUCUCUCUCUCUCUUCUCUUAGGUUUUAUAGAAGGAGUUAUGGCUUCGUCUACUCCAGGGGUCCCGGAACGAAGAGGAAUACCAGGUGCUGAAUUCGUUGAAGACGUUCAGACCUAUCUCACUCAAUCAGGUCUCAAUGUCAACUCCGCCCUCGCUAUCCUCCUUGAAAGACUACAGCAGUAUAAGUUGGUUGAGAUGAGACUUCUCGCUCAGCAAAGGAAUAUUCAGGCAAGGAUCCCUGACAUUGAGAAGUGCUUCUAUGUGGUUGCCACUUUGCAAACUAAGAAGGGUACUGGCAUUUUUCCUGAUUUUGAAGUCUCUGAAGGCAUAUAUUAUUGGGCUCGCAUUGAGGAUAAUGACUCAGUAUGUUUAUGGCUGGAAGCAAACGUCAUGUUAGAGUAUUCAUGUGAAGAGGCCACUGCUCUUCUUCAAAAAAAUUUGGACAAUGCUAAAGCCAGUUUAGAAGUUGUUGAUGCCGAUCUACAGUUCUUGAGAGAUCAAGCGACCAUUACUCAGGGAAAUGCUAUAUUACUAGGACCACUAAUGGGCUUGAGCUGUAACAUUUGUUUUGCCCGUGAAUAUUUGGUUGAUGGAAAUGUUUUUGUUUUUUUAUUUUCCUUGCUUUUCUUCAUGAAACUCAGUGAUAUAGUUUAGAGAUCAGCCAAACUCUGUGGUUUAAGUUUUUUAAGUUCUGCUUUAGUGGGGUUGGGGGGAGAAUGAUGGGACCCAGUAAGCUCCAAUUCGAAGAUAAUGAGUGGAAUGAAGCUAAGGCGUCAAGUUUGCCGGGUCUGAAAUGAUGUCAGCCCAAUCUUAUCCUUCCUAAAAAGGGCCGUAGAUCUGGAUGGUUUCUCAUAUAAUAUCCGUGACUGGUCAGAAGUUACAUGAUGUUAACUUUGAUGUAUACUUUAGUCAACUAACCUAAUGAUACUCUUUCUGGAAAA